AUGAGAAAACUAAAGAAUUAUAUAUGCCCAAGCGUAUUGGUUCAAAAGGCAAUGGCUCGGAUUGAACAUCUUAACAACAUAUGCCAUACCACUUUCAACUGUUCAACUCAAAAGAAAUAUGUGAAAUGUUUACGAGGAAUGAAAUUGUGCGAUGGUGUUCGUGACUGUGUAGAUAAUAGUGAUGAAGAACUAUACUGCAAAUCAAAAUGUUCCGAAAAUGAGAUGAUAUGCGAGGGAACUAGGAAAUGUCUACCACUGGAAUUCAAAUGUAAUGGUGAUUUUGAUUGCGAAGGUGGUGAUGAUGAAGAAUUCUGUGAAAACAGAUGUGUAGGAGGUUCAAAAUGGUGUGCGGUGUCGAAAAAAUGUAUUCCUUCAUGGCAGAUUUGCAAUGGAAUUGAUGAAUGUGGCGAUGGAAGUGAUGAAGAGCAAUGUGAUUGUCAGUUAUGCUCGGGUAGUAAUAAAGCAUUAUGUGCUAUUACAAAGAAAUGCAUUACUCGUGAGAAAAUUUGCGACCGUAAUGAAGACUGUCAUUAUGGCGAAGAUGAGUUGCAAUGUCCUGGCGGCUGCUUUGAAGUGCUCGUUAAGCAACAUGAAGAAAUGAUUGAAUGUGCCGACAAGAAAAAGUAUGUGAAGAAGUAUGCAUGUAGUGGCAUGCUUGAUCAGUGUAAGCAUUUUUGUGAGGAGUGUGAUAAGGAACUGGCUUUCAGGUGCGGUAAUGGCUUAUGCAUUCCAAGAAAUAAAUUUAUUAAUAUCUAUUUAAUUUAUUUAAUAGUUUGUGAUGGGAACAAUGACUGUAAUGACCAUUCAGACGAGAUGAAAUGUGGUUGUUCUGAUAUCAAAUCAUUAAACGAAACUGCUACAUUCUUCUUUUGCAAUGUUAGUGCAAAAGGAGUGAGGAAGUGCAUAUCAAUAUCUCAGCGUUGUGACGGUUAUUUGGAUUGUGAAGAUGGCGCUGAUGAAAUAAACUGUAAUGAAUGUACAACGAAUUCAAAUGCCAUUUAUUGCAAUUUAACUCGUACAUGCCUUGCAAGUAUAAAAAGAUGCGAUGGAGUGCAGGACUGUCCUAAUGAUAUUGAUGAAUUUGAAUGCAGCUGCAAAGAAUGUAAUAUCCAUGCGAAUCCGAUGUAUUAUUGUUCAGAUUCAGCACGUUGUUACCGUCAUAAUAAAAUAUGUAAUCCUUUUAGUACUUGUCCAUACCCUCAGGACAGUGAUCGGCAAUAUUGCGCAUAUAAAGACCGCAUACUAUAG